CACUAUCGUAUCGUAUCACAAAAACAAAUAUGGCUGAAAGUGACAGACAGCGGCUAAUCUAACCUAACUUUAUACAAAACAAAAUAAAAACAUGUAUCGUAAUACUUAUUUUAGUUGUGAAUUUAAUUGAAUUAUAAGCUUUUAAUAAUAAACACAUGAAGUUUGGCCGCACCUUAGAAGAUAUAGGAGAAGUUCUCCACUUAUACCGAAACCGAGUGUCUGGAAGUUUGUCGCAGACAUAAGCUUAUCUCGAGAAAGCUUUGGGUCACAAUGACCAACUAUCAGACAUGCCAAAGUCUACAUUUGACGAUGCCAAUAUGGACACGAAAAGAAAACAAGAUGACAUCAAUGCAAGGUACAAAUGCGAAUACGAUGGGUGCGAGAGGACAUACAGUACAGUGGGAAAUCUACGGACACACAUGAAAACACAUAAAGGUGAAUAUAGGUUCAAAUGCAAUAUACAGACAUGCAAUAAGGCCUUUCUCACAUCAUACAGUCUGAAAAUACACCUCCGAGCCCACACGAAAGCAAAACCGUUCGCUUGCACUAUUGGUACCUGCAGAAAGGCAUUUAAUACACUAUACAGAUUGCGAGCUCACCAAAGACUCCACAGCGGGGACACUUUCAACUGUAAAGCGGACGGUUGCUCAAAGUUCUUCACCACACUCAGCGAUCUGAAGAAACACAUACGAACACACACACAGGAGAGGCCGUACAAAUGCCGAACAGAGGGUUGCGGGAAAUCGUUCACGGCGUCGCAUCACCUGAAGGCGCAUGCGCGAACUCACUCGACGCGACUGCCGCCGCCCACGACUGUCACGCUGAGCUUCAAGCAGUUCAGCAGCGACUCCAUCGUAAACGUUAGCGAGCCAAUCGUAAGCGUUCCCAAACCCAGUCCAACGAAAGAAGUCCAAGAUUGGACCAACUGGGAUGGCCUCUUGGAAUCGUUCGGUAAAAUCACAACAGAAUCAAACUCCACACACGGCAGCCUAGAAGAUAUAAGUAGAGUUAAUAUAACUAAUAACGUCGACAUAACAGAAUUGCUAUUUGAUAAUGCCACUAACAAUACUAAACUUGAACCUAAUACCGUAGAAUACGAUUUAACAACGUUCGAUAACAUAGCACCUUUCAAAGUAGAUAAGAAAAAUAUAGGAACGUGGGCUAAUAUUUGCGAUUUUGAUACGACCAUUGAUGUGAAUGAUGACAAAGUGAAACCUAAAGCUAUGCAAUUAGCACUGGCUAAUGAAGUGGAAGUGCAAGCGCCGUGGGUUGAUGUAAGCGCUUUAGCUGCAUCUAUAUCAGAAACGCCAGUUAGUAUUAAAGAAAAAACACCCGAAAGCAUAUUUACGCUUGCCACUUUCGUUCCUACUCAUAUGCAAAGUUACAUAGAUUUAACUCAAGAAAAUGCUCCAACAGCUAAUCUUAUAUCACAAAAUUCUUUCGAUUUAGAUGGUACCGCGAACCUGAUAGAUUCCCAAGUCAAAAUUUUUGAUGAUACGGAAUUGGUUCGGAAUUUAGAUACGAAUAUUGAUUUUUUGAAAGAAGACGACGAAAGAUCACUUAAUACUCCUUCGCCAAGUAAAGUUCAGCAAAAUAUUGAAAUAAAUCCGGCCAACUCUGUAUUGUUUAACACUGAUUUAGCAUUAGAAGAUACAUUGUUAUUUGAUAAUGAGCCUCCUUCUGAUAUGUACGUCGUCCGUACAGAGAAUAUAUUCGGCAAAGAGAUUGCUAAGCGUAAUGCAUUAGAACAGUUAGCAGCUGAUGCAGGAAUUUGUUCCUGUUCUGAAUGUAAAUGCGAUCCUUCUCAAGGAGAAUGUAGGAAUUGUGCCACAGAAGCACAGGGUUGCGCUGAUGAUAAAUGUUCUUGUGUAGACUGCAAGUGUAACCAUGCAGAAAUGAAAUGUGCCGUAGGAUGUGGCCGGGCCACUGAUACGAAUCACAAUACAUUUCUGCACUAUCAUAGGCGGCAUAAUAACUCUAAUUUGGAAGAUUUAGGAGUCUUCACUCUUCACGAAUGUGAUGAGGAUAAACCUUCUAUACCUCAGGGGUCUAGUACAGAAAUAAUUAACAGUUUAAAAUGUUCAUGUAAAGGCGACUCGAACGAUUGUAAUGUAGAUUCAAGUGGCAAAGAGAAUUGUUGCGGUAAAAACGACGCGAAGUCUUGUUGCGUGACGAUUUGUUUCAAAAAACUGGACGCGUUUAAACAGUUUUUGUCGGACAAUAAUCUAGUCGACGCUUUGAAAAUGCAUAAUUUCAACUUGACUACAAGCUUAUAAUAUUGUCAUAUGGAUUUGAUACUUUGUUAUAAAAUACGCUAGGUAUUCUAGUGUCAGUAAGUAAAAAAUAUCGCCUUGUUUCGUACGAUAUUUAUUAAAAAAAAGCGUACCAGAAAUGAUCGUAAGAAAACCUUGGCAGAAAAGUCAUACAAUCUGAAUGAUCCCAGUCUCACGGAUUUUUUUUUGGUAAUAAUAACCUGCAAAAAAAUUAAAUAUUUACUUAAACCUAUUUUACAAUGAUGGCCAUUUGUAUAUUGUGUAAUUCGUACAGUUUUUAGAUGGUUUACAACUUUUACAAAAAUCAUAACGUAAUAAGUACAUUAGAAAUAUAGUUCAUAAAAUAAUCACAAUAGAUCAAAAAAUAGAUUUGUUUAUUUUUAAGUUUCAUAAUUUAUAUUUUUUCAUUUAUACUGGGUUUAAUUAUUCUUGCCAUAUGAAAAGAAAUCGUUAUUGUGUGAUAAUUCCCAUGGCAAACGACUCGCCUUAUUUUCGUGUUAAGCUUACAAAUAGUUGCUUGAUAAACCUGCAUUUAAUAAUUAUGUACAAAGCAUUGUACCCGCAUUAUUUCGUUUGCUUUUAGAAAGUAGAUGUUAAUUUUAGUACUUGUUUGAGAAUCGAAUUUUAAAAAUAUAUUGCGUAAAGGUUACCAACAUAAAUAAAUCGCAACGUUAAGUACCAGAAUUUUAUAUUAAAUUCCAUAAAUACAUUGUGGUAAAAAUACGAAUAACAUAGCAACACUAUCCACUCGAUGGUGCCACUCGCGUUUUCAGGAAGAAUAUCAACAAUAUAAUGCUUAAUUUAAGUCAUUUUUUUAUCUGUUUAUAUAUAUAUUUCAAAAUAUUAAAAAAAUAUGGAAUUGAAAUGACAUAUUUAAUAGGUAUAUUAACUAUUUUUAUUAUUAGAAACUUAAUAAUUGACAAAAUAACUCAGUAUUUUAUUUAUAAACCAAAGUUUGUGCAAUAUUAUUAGAUUUUAUUUACACAAAACAUUUUGAUAUAUUUGUAUAUGUUGACUCAUUUCCGUAUUUCUAGUGUAGAUAAUAGAAGUCAUAGCAUAUUAUUACAUUCACCAGGAAUUUGUUUCGUUUUGUUAUAAGCCUGUGAUCGUAAUACUUUUAUAUCAAAUGUUAUUCAAAAGCGAGACCAUUUAAAAAGCAAUACGUGAUGUUACAUAUGAGUGCGAUGAACUAAACACCUUAGUACUUAAGUUCUUGUCCAAAUUAUGUUCACAUUGUUACAUUUGGCUGUUUUAAUAAGUGGGAUUUUUAAAUUUUGUUAUUUGACUGAACUAUUUGCAGUCUGUCUAUAUAAGCAAUAGAAUAUUAUAGCCUUGGAGUGUCUACCUUUAUUAGUAGCUGGUGAAGUCUAAAGUGCUGCAUUAGUCAUUAUCAGACUAUCCACGUUGUUUUAAAAGUAUGAUAUGGAAGUGUGCCUUAUAUAUAAUGUAACUUCAAUGUCUUCAAUGAAUUGGUGCUAUUCGUCUUGUACAAGUGAAUUUAAUAGUGAUAUCAGUGCCUUAAAUGUUGUUGUGUGUGCGUAGUGCGACUUUGAUAUUCUCAUCUCACUAUCGGGUCGAUUCGCAGUGAGACACAACGACAACUACAGCGCAAUGUGAUUGGUUUGCUGCAUCUCACUUCGAAAACUUUCGGUGGUCGAUAUCGAAUGGCAAACUCGUACUAAGCCCUCUGUACUUAUAUUGUGCUUAUAAUGCACAAACGUCGAUUAAUUUUAUACUAGAUUUUAAACAAUCCAUAUGCCGUAAGGUUCUAGUCCAUGUAACAAAUAAAAAGCUUUAUACUUA